UGAUAUUCAAUCCUGGGGGUUUGGAUUUCUCUUUCAGGACGUACGCAAAACGUGUUGCAUUGCUUUUGGCACACGGAGGUGUGCGUGUGUGUAGGGCGUUGUGCCCUGUGAGUUUUUACUGAACAAAAGCGUGAAGGAGACCUACCGUCACAAUGGGGCGACGUUCAACCUCCUCCACCAAGAGUGGGAAGUUUAUGAAUCCCACCGACCAGGCCAGAAAGGAGGCCAGAAAAAGGGAGUUAAAAAAGAACAAGAAGCAGAGGAUGAUGGUGAGAGCAGCAGUCCUGAAGAUGAAGGAUCCCAGACAGAUCAUCAGAGACAUGGAGAAGCUGGAUGAGAUGGAGUUCAACCCAGUUCAGCAGCCGUUGCUGAAUGAGAAGGUGUUGCGGGACAAGAGGAAGAAGUUGCGUGAGACAUUUGAGCGCAUUGUUCGUCUGUACGAAAGAGAGAAUCCUGAAACCUACAAAGAGCUACGCAAACUUGAACUGGACUAUGAGACUAAAAGAGGGCAGCUGUCUCUUUAUUUUGACUCAGUCAAGAGCCUUCCAUUCCUGGAUUUGAAAAGGACUCUGCAAUGGAUUUGGGGAGAGAUCGGGACAGCGGGAGUGAGAGCGACAGAGAUCAGGACGAUAUUGAUGACGACAGCGACUCUGAAGACAUCAGUGAAGAAGAGAGAGAUGAAGGGGGAGAUGGUGAACAGAGAAUGCGCUUGGAGGCAGGACGAUGAGAGAGAACGAGAAGAAGAUAGAGACAGAAGUGAAAGACAUGGUGGUCGUAGCGUACGUUUCGCAGAUAUGCCUGCAGAGGCACCCCGUGAAGGAAAAAGGAAGAAGAAGAGGGUUGUGAAGAAGACCAAGGCCAUUACACCUCUGCAAGCCAUGAUGUUAAGGAUGGCAGGUCAGUCAGUUCCUGACGAGGAGGAAGAAGAAGAGGUAGAGGAAGAAUACACAGAUGAAUCAGACAGCUCUGACAUUGAGGACAGAGGCCCUCCAGGGGACAACCAGUCCCAUCUCAUGGCCAAUCAGCGACUACCCCCUCCAGCUGGGACCACGGGACAGCAAGGGCCUCCACACAUGCAAGGGCCACCGAUGACAGGACCUCCACCACUUGGUCCACCUCCGGCACCACCAAUGAGGCCUCCUGGUCCACCAUCUGGCCCACCUCCUGGCCCCCCACCAGGUGCUCCUCCGUUCUUGAGGCCUCCUGGCAUGCCUGCAGGAAUGAGGGCUCCAAUGCCUCGGCUUCUGCCUCCUGGGCCUCCACCAGGUCGACCACCUGGUCCUCCACCAGGCCCCCCUCCUGGCCUUCCACCAGGCCCUCCACCACGUGGUCCACCUCCCAGAUUACCACCCCCAGCACCACCAGGUAUCCCGCCUCCUCCCCCAAGAGCUGGAGGGCCUCCGCGUCCUCUUGCACCACCUCUGUCUCUCUUCCCUCCACCUCUCAAUUCCAAUGUGCUGAGUGCUCCUCCAAACAUUGUUCAGCGACAAAAAGGCUCAGGAUCCAGCCAGGACGGUUUACAGACCAACCUGCAACCCCCUGCCAUGCCCAUGCGACCUGGUGUCAUGCAGAUGCCCCCUCCGCCUGGGACAGCUGCUGCCUCCACAGGCACCAAUCCGGGCAGCAAUCCCCCCAGCCAUCACCACCCUCCCACCAUCGAAAAACGCGCAAACAUCACCUCUGUCGCAGCUGCAGGAGGCAACCUGGCAGCAGGUGCCGGUGCAGGCGGGGCUACCAUCUCUGCCAAACCUCAAAUUAUCAAUCCCAAGGCAGAGGUGACCCGCUUUGUGCCCACAGCGCUGAGGGUGCGUAGGGACAAGGUUGGAACAAUGCCAGGAGCAGCACCUGGGCCCAUGGAGAAAGCAGGGGGUUCUGUUGGAGGAAGGAGGGGAGAUGAAGGUGUGGGAGGAGGCCAGUGGCAGAAACAGCACAGCACAGCAACAGCUCCUAUGGGCGUGGCCAAUCCAUCACAGAUGGGUGCUGUGUCUCAGCCCAACAUGAAGACUAAAGACCAGGUGUAUGAAGCCUUUAUGAGGGAGAUGGAGGGACUCCUCUAAGACUCGGGAGCGUACUGCCGAUAAUGAUGAUCAGUGUGGCAAGCUGAACAACAGCAGUGUGUUUGUUUUGUGUUUUCUGUGCAGAGUUAUAGAGGUAGCCGUCUUCAAACUUUCAGCUAGAAUCAGUUUGUCUGUCACCUACCAGUGAAAGGCCACUACACCCUCAGCUUUGUUCUCUACAGGCUCAUAUUCAUUUGAUCUGGGUUAGAUUUUUGUUGCAUCAACAAGAAUGUGCAUUUCAAAAAGAGUAAGAAAUCUGUUUAUUUUACUGGGUAACUUGCAUAGUCAAUUCAAGAGAAGAACACUAUGCUCUGCACAGAAGUGCUUUUUCACAUCCAGCAUAUUGUUUUGUUUUUUUUGUCUUGUUUUUUAACUCUGAAAUUGUUUUUCUUCCAACCACCUGUUUGCAACUUGACCUUAGAAGCAAUCUUGUAUUACUUUUUUCUGUUUUUUUUAUUGCAGAUCUCCUAACAUAAAAAUAGUUAUAGAAUGUUUUCCAACCACUGACAACAGUAAAAGUGUAAAACUGUUUGAUCUUCAGCCAAAUAAAAACUCAAAAAACUGGUUUAA